CUGGCUCAUACCAUCUCCGCGCGGCGGUGGGGGGGGGCGCUGCACUUCCUUCCAGCCCUCCCCUGUCACAUGGUUCCGCCCGCUGCUCCCCAACGCAGAGUGAACGUGCGGGCGGCUGCGGCGGCUCCGGAACCAUUCGCUUCCCUCCCCCGCCAGCCUCUUAGGAGCUUCCAGAACCAUGAGUGACGGGGACAAGAACCCGGCGAGCACCCCCACGCCGCUGGCUGACGUGCAGGGGGACGGGCGCUGGCUGGCGCUGCACCAUCGCUUCAUCGCGGACAGCAAAGACAAGGAGCCCGAGGUCGUGUUCAUCGGGGACGCCCUGGUGCAGCUGCUCCAGCAGUUUGAGAUCUGGCGCGAGCUCUUCUCCCCACUGCACGCGCUCAACUUCGGCCUGGGGGGCGACGGGACGCAGCACGUGCUCUGGCGGCUGCAGCAAGGCGAGAUGCAGCACAUCCGGCCCAAGAUCGUGGUCGUCUGGGUGGGCACCAAUAACCACGGGCACACGGCCGAGCAGGUGGCGGGCGGCAUCGAGGCCAUUGUCCGGCUCCUGCAGGAGCAGCAGCCGCAGGCACGCGUGGUGGUGCUGGGCCUGCUGCCCCGCGGCCAGGGCCCCAACCCGCUGCGGGAGCGGAACCGGCGGGUGAACGAGCUGCUGGAGGCCCGGCUGCCGCGGCUGCCCAACGCCUGCUUCCUGGACGCCGACCCCGGCUUCGUGCACUCGGACGGCGCCAUCAGCCACCACGACAUGUACGACUACCUGCACCUCAGCCGGCACGGCUACGCCCGCCUGUGCCCGCGGCUGCACGCCCUGCUGCUGCGCCUGCUGGGGGAGGGCCAGGGGGCCGGGCCCUGAGCCGCCGCCGGGGAGUGCCAGGGGGCCGGGCCCUGAGCCGCCGCCGGGGAGUGCCACGGGGCCGUGCCCUGAGCCGCCGCCGGGGAGUGCCACGGGGCCGGGCCCUGAGCCGCCGCCACCCACUCCCCUCCCCCCCACCACACACUAUGCAGGGCUGUGACCCAUCACCAUCCACACACACACCCGGCUCCCCGCCCCCUGCGCCACCACAACCAUCCCACUUGGCCAUGCGACUGCCCAGGGCCCCUUGCACCCACGUGGGCAUUAAACACUGAUUUGCCA